AUGCGUGUCACAAUGGUAGAUUUUGAUUGGUGUAUAUUCCCUUUGGCCCGUCCACUUCUGCGGGCGGGAAGUAGCCCGGGAUUCGGCCAGUUAACCUGUGGGGCGGGGAGGGGGGCGGAGAGAUGGCAUGGAGAGUCCAUAAUGUGUUUUGAAUGUGACAUCUACCAUCUUGGGUUAUGCUAUAGAGGCAUGAAGUUCUGCGACCUGAAGUAUAAACAGUCGUGUGCUGUGGAGAAUAUUUACAUACUUACAGUAAGAGGGCGGAGUAUGUACCAUUUUUCAAAAUUGUCAUGUAUGACAAACUGUGAGGACAUGAACUUUUUAAAUUUUAACAAGAGGACAGAAGUCAUCUGUUGCAAACAUGAAAACUAUUGCAACCUUCCUGAUGGAGUUUAA